CAACGAAAGCCUAAAAAAAAAUCGAAAGCCCUCUCCUCCUUUCUCUCUCUCUCUCUCUCCCUUGAUGCCAACGGCAUAAGUACCAAAAAUAAACAGACGUCGACAGACUGAAACAAGAAAGCCAACCCUUAAACAUUCUUGGCCCCCACAUCUCUCCCAGUAUCAUCAACUGAGCAACUAAAGCACGAAUAAACAUAAUUGUUAUCACCCAAAUCACGAAAAUCUUCAUUUUAGGCCUCAAUACCCUCAAAUUCCUUUGACUUUUCAACCUUCACCCCACUCAAAAACUUGAAUCCCAUCUUGCAAUCCAUGACUACACUUCCCAUACUUUCUUGUCAUUAUUUCACUUUUAAUAUGACUGAGUUCAAAUUAUUUGUUCUAAGAAUGUUUGUAAUUUUUUAUCAUCUAUCUGAUUUAUAAUGAAAUCAUUACAGAUACAACUAAAUAUCUGAUUUUUCUCUCCUCAAUUUAACUUUGAGUACCUAUGUUGUCAGCGUGAAGGAGAGAGGGAGAGAAAAAGGAGAGGGCUAACUUCUUUGAGUUUUUUCUUUGAAUGCAAAUGGAGAAAGGGAAGGAAGAGUGAGAGGAUGAAAGAGGAAAUAUUCAGCAUAUGCAAAUUCAUUCUUGAGCUGUUAGAAAUGCUUACGUGACAUGUGUUUAUUCGCUGGUCAGGAAGAAAAUGGGUCUACUUUCUCGGAGAAACCUCCUUGCAUUUGCACUCCGAAAUCGAAAUGUUGUCGCAGAAGGUCGACCAUCAAGAGUUAGUUUUGUUUAUCCCAAAUCCCUUAGCCUUUGCACCCCGCAGACCUCAAAACAGAAUGAAGAGCUCACGAUCAAAGAAAUCUCCGGCUUUCUCAAACAAAGCAACUGGCAGUCCCUCAUGGAAUCGUCAAAUAUACCCAAGAAGCUGAACCCAGAAGUGGUUCGGUCCGUUCUUCAACAUAACCGGGUGAGUGACCCCAAACGCCUCCUUCAUUUUUUUGAUUGGUCCGCUUCUUUGAUGGGCGUUCCUCAAAAUCAGUAUUCUUUCUCGAUUCUUGCAAUUGCUCUAUGUAAUUCGAGGCUUUUCUCCCAUGCUAAUGGCAUCUUAGAGCGAAUGGUGGGAACCCGGAAGCCGCCGUUGGAAAUUCUUGAUUCCAUUGUUACUUUCUAUGUAGAAUGUGGUGGGUCUAAUGUGGUGGUUUUUGAGAUUUUGGUGAAUGCUUAUAGGAAAGUGGGGAUGUUGAAUGAGGCUGCUAGCGUGUUUUUGGGAAUUAAAAAUGAUGAGUUUUUGCCUACUCUGGUGUUUUGUAAUUCUUUGUUGAAGGACUUGGCAAAGUGUAAUAGGAUGGAGUUGUUUUGGAAGGUUUAUGAUCGGAUGUUAGAGGCUAAGAUGAGUCCUGAUGUUUAUACGUAUUCUACUGUGAUAAAUGCGCAUUGUAAGGUGGGGAAUGUUGAAGAGGGUAGGAAGGUGCUAUUUGGUAUGGAGGAGAAGGGCUGUAGUCCUAAUAUGGUUACCUACAAUGUGGUGAUUGGAGGAUUGUGCAAACGUGGGGCUGUUGAUGAGGCUCUUGAGCUGAAGAAUCUCAUGGCUGGGAAGGGGUUGGUCCCAGAUGCCUAUACUUACUCUAUACUUGUCGAUGGGUUUUGCAAACAGAAAAGGUCAGAAGAAGCAAAGUCGAUAUUGGAAGAGAUGUUUGGUAUGGGUUUACAUCCUGACCACUUUACCUACACUGCUUUGGUUGAUGGGUUCAUGAAACAAGGUAAGGUAGAAGAUGCCUUGAGAAUCAAAGAUGAGAUGGUUGCCCAUGGAGUAAGCUUAACUUUGGUAACAUAUAAUGUGCUUGUCGGUGGGUUCUGUAAGGUUGGUGAGAUGACGAAGGCCAGAGCUCUCAUGAAUGAGAUGAGUGUGAUGGGAAUAAAACCAGAUACUUAUACUUAUAACUCUUUAAUUAGUGGGUAUUACAAAAAGAAAAAUAUGGUUGAGGCUUGUCAACUUCUUCUUGAGAUGAAGAAGUGGAACUUGGCACCCACAGUUUUCACUUAUGGUGUGAUAAUAAACGGCCUAUGCCAUUGUGGAGAUCUGCAAGCGGCUAAUGGUGUUUUGGAGCAGAUGAUUGCUGGGGGUUUGAAACCAAACGCUGUUCUAUUCUCAACUCUAAUCAAAGGUCAUGUGCAGCAAAGUAGAUUUGACGAGGCAAUAACAAUAUUAAAAGGAAUGAAGGAAAAGGGUGUUCUGCCUGACAUUUUUUGUUAUAAUUCUCUUAUAAUUGGCCUCUGCAAGGCCAAAAAAAUGAAAGAUGCUAACAAUUUCUUGAAUGAAAUGAUCGAGAGGGGUCUUAAACCUAAUGAAUAUACAUAUGGGGCUUUCAUCGAUGGAUAUGCUAAGGUAGGGAAUAUGCAAUUAGCAUACGGUUAUUUCAUAGAAAUGCUAGGUUGGGGUAUGGCGCCCAAUGAUAUCAUCUGCUCGGCCCUGAUUGAUGGGCACUUUAAAGAUGGUAACGUAACUGGAGCUCUUUCUGCAUUUCGAUUAUUACUUGGUCAAGGGAUCAUCCCAGAUAUCCAGACUUAUAGUGUGCUCAUCCAUGGUCUUUCUACAAAUGGGAAAAUUGAGGAAGCAAUGGAGGUUUUAUCUGAAGUCCUUGACAAGGGUCUGGUGCCAGAUGUUUUUACCUACACCUCUCUCAUUUCUGGAUUCUGUAAGCAAGGUGAUUUAGACAGAGCUUUUCAACUCUAUGAUGAGAUGUGCCAGAAAGGCAUCACUCCAAACAUUGUUACUUAUAACUCCUUGAUCAAUGGACUUUGCAAGUCAGGUGACAUGGAGAGAGCUAGGGAACUGUUUGAUGGAAUCUCAAGAAAGGGUUUGUCUAUGAAUGCUGUGACCUAUGCUACAAUUAUAGAUGGGUACUGCAAAUCUGGAAAUUUAGCUGAGGCAUUUCAAUUAAUGGAUGAGAUGCCAUCAAGGGGGGUUCCACCUGAUCGUUUCAUCUAUUGUGCCCUUGUUGAUGGGUGCUGCAAAGCAGGAAACACGGAGAAGGCCCUUUCCUUAUUUCAUGAGAUGGUGCAGAAGGGCUUUGCUUCCACAUCUUCUUUCAAUGCUUUGAUCGAUGGCUUCUCCAAGUCCGGGAAAUUGGUGGAAGCAAACCAAUUGUUUGAAGACAUGGUUGAUAAGCAUGUGACCCCAGAUGAUGUGACCUACACAAUUCUGAUCAAUUCGCACUGCAAAGCAGGAUUAAUGAAGGAAGCUGAGAAGCUCUUUCUGGAGAUCAAAAAAAGAAAUCUGAAGCCAAAUAUUUUAACUUACACUUUACUCCUGCGUGGUUACAACAACAUAGGGAGCAGAGAUAAGAUGUUUGCUCUUUUCGAUGAAAUGGUGACAGCGGGGAUUGACCCUGAUGAAGUAAUAAAUGGCAUGCUUGAGAGAAUUCCAUUGAUAUCUGAGGCUGCAAAUACAGAGGCCAUCUUCAACCGCAACUAGCCUGUUCAUUGGUGGGGCGCUGGGCUGCUGGCUGCAAGAUCUGGAACUCUACUAAAAGCAUGGAAUACCCUCAAACAAGUUCACCGCCAAGCCCAGCCCAAUGAUGGCUUUGCUAGGAUCCUUUUGGAUCUGGAUAGGAAACUACAUGGGACACAGCAUCCAUGGAAUGGUGACAACGAUAGCCAAUGAUGAAGGUUUGCCCCAUUUGUGGGAAGCAGGUCGGUCUGAGCAGCAGUUCACUUGAGCUUCAAUUGCAGAAAUCACACGAAGCUUUCAUCAGGAAGUGUGGACAGUGGCAUGACCAUGGAAAUACAAAAGGAUUUGACGGCACUCAAAAUUUGCGGAGGUAAAAGGGGCAGUCUCACUUAGUAACCGAUGAAUCAGAUUAGAAAAUCCCUUAAUAAUCAGAGCUGAGCACAUACAACUUCCAGGUGUAGGUGUAAACUGAUGCUUUAUAUCCUAUCCAGAUAUGUUGGAAGUGUCCCAAACGGGGUCGGCAGGUUUAGUUUUUUGUUCUGCAUUGGUGCUUUGCAAAUAAUAAAGUAUAGCCUCUUGUCUAUAUAGCUUGAAAUUGAUAAUAUUCUUGCAUAAGGGCAUUUUUUAAUCUAAUCAUUUUCAAAAGUGCCCCA